AGGAAGCCGGAACCGGAAGUGGGAGCGGAGGCAGCGGGCUGGGCAGCCGCUGUGCUGUGGGUGGGAGGCUGUCUGGAGGCGGGGAGCGUCGUGGUGGCUCCUGAAGCGGCGGCGAUGAGGCGGGAUGUGCGCAUCCUCCUGCUGGGGGAGGCCCAGGUGGGGAAGACCUCCUUGAUCAUGGCCCUGGUGGGCGAGGAGUUCCCUGAAGAGGUGCCAUCUCGUGCAGAAGAGAUCACAAUCCCGGCAGAUGUCACACCUGAGAAAGUCCCCACCCACAUCGUGGACUACUCAGAAUCGGAGCAGACAGACGAGGAACUCCAAGAGGAGAUUGCCAAGGCAAACGUCAUCUGCAUGGUGUACGAUGUCACAGAAGAACCCACUAUUGAGAAGAUUCGGACGAAAUGGAUCCCAAUGGUGAACAGUGGAGCUGAAAAAUGUUCCAGGAUCCCCAUCAUCCUUGUGGGAAACAAGUCCGACCUGCAGACCGGAAGCUCCAUGGAAACCAUCUUGCCCAUCAUGAACCAGUUCUCCGAGAUCGAGACCUGUGUGGAGUGUUCCGCAAAGAACCUGAAGAACAUCUCCGAGCUGUUCUACUAUGCCCAGAAGGCUGUUCUGCACCCAACGGCCCCUCUCUAUGACCCAGAGGAGAAACAGCUGAGGCCAGCAUGUACGCAGGCACUCACUCGGAUUUUCAAUAUGUCUGACCAGGAUAACAACCAGAUUCUAAGUGAUGAGGAGCUCAACUAUUUCCAGAAGUCCUGCUUCGGAAAUCCUUUGGCACCUCAAGCUCUAGAAGAUGUGAAAAUGGUGGUCUGGAAGAACACAACCGAUGGAGUCCAGGACAACGGCCUGACACUGAAUGGCUUCCUUUUCCUCAAUACGCUCUUCAUCCAGAGGGGGCGCCAUGAGACCACAUGGACCAUCUUGCGUCGCUUUGGCUAUGACGAUGCGCUGGAGCUGACGGACGACUAUCUCCGCCCAUUAAUCCGGGUGCCCCAUGACUGCUCCACGGAGCUCAAUCACUUUGGUUACCAGUUCCUGCAGAGGAUGUUUGAGAAACACGACAAGGAUCGUGACAGAGCCCUCUCCCCUGCCGAGCUGGAGAGCUUCUUCAGCGUGUUCCCUUACGUGGCCUGGGGACCCGAGCUCCACGACACGGUAUGCACCACUGAUAAAGGCCUGCUUUCCCUGCAUGGAUUCCUCUGCCAGUGGACGCUGGUUGCCUACCUGGAUGUCCACCGCUGCCUGGAGCACCUAGGUUACCUGGGCUACCCCAUCUUCUCUGAGCAGGACUCUCAGAUCCACGCCCUCACAGUUACCCGGGAAAAAAGGAUUGACCUGGAGAAGGGCCAGACCCAUCGGAAUGUUUUCCUGUGCAAAGUGAUUGGAUCUCGGGGUGCUGGCAAAUCUGCAUUCCUGCAAGCCUUUCUUGGGAAGAACCUGGCUGCCCAGAGGGAAUCCAAAGGGAAGGAGACCUUCUAUUCAAUUAACACAGUGCAAGUCAAUGGGCAGGAAAAGUAUUUAAUACUGUACGAGAUGGAUGUGGACAUGGAGUUUGUGAAGGCGUCUGAUGCAUCAUGCGAUGUUGCCUGCUUAUUGUACGAUGUGACGGACCACAAGUCUUUCAACUAUUGCGCUAGUGUUUACAAGAAGCAGUACAUGGACGGGCAAAUCCCUUGCCUCUUUGUGGCCUCCAAGGCCGACCUGCCAGAGACGUCGCCACAGCAUGGCCUCUCGCCAGCCGAUUUCUGCUACAAACACCGCCUGCCGCCACCGUUUUACUUCACCUGCAGCGGGCAGGGCCCGCCCAGCCCCUCCGUCUACGCCAAACUGGCCACGGCGGCUACCUUUCCGCGCUUGAACGACAUUGACCUGGGCGCCGCCUCCUUCUGGAUCCGGGUGGCUCUGGGAGCCACGGUUGCUGCUGUCGUGGGAGUCGCCCUCUACAAGGCAAUGGCGAAGAAUAAGUAGAAGGGCAGGGAAACUGGAGCCCACCCGUCUCCUUUGUUUUUCUUCCUCCGCCACCGUUUCUGCACCCAACUGCAGACAGGCCAGCUUCAUUUGCACGGCCAGGAAGAAACGGGGCAAGGCGCGGAACAUAGCGCGUCCCCCCGUCCCCAGAAGACUGUAUUUCCCCCCCUCAACCUUCUUGACUCUCACUGCGGGGCGAGGUGGCGUUUGAGGAAGACAACGUUACACCAGCAAAAGCAAGGAACGGAAUUAUCAGCUGGCAUGGGCAAGACCUGCUUUCUCGUUCCAUCCAUUUCCCCGCCCCCCCCAAAAAAUGUAUUUCCCACACUCAGGGAGUGCCAAGCCCAGCUUCAGGUAGUCCCCUCUGCUGCUAGACAUAGCUCAAGACUCCCCCUAACUUCAGAACCGCAUCCGGGUAUCUUGCGACAAAAUGGCUUUUAAAAAUGGCUUCUUCCGACGGGGAACCCAGAGGCAGGGCCUCCGGAACACUGGCCGGGCUGUUGGCUUCCUGGGCCACCCUUCAGCAUCUUGUUCUGCAGCUGUGGGGUGAUUUUUUAAUGUAUGCCGUUUCCAUCCUGGGAGAGCCCCAAAGGCUUCUGGGAUGUUUUUUUCUCUUUGGGAGCACUGUUUGUAGCCAGGAGCUUUGCACAGGGCCUCCACUGGGACAGAACUGACAAAAAAAGAAGAAAACCCACAAAGGCUUCCCGUGGUAGCUUGACGGAUAGCCUUCUAAGUCGCAUCUCCGCCGUGCUGCCCUCAGGCACGGCGGGUCUUCCGGCACUGACGUUAUCCUGUUAAGUCCUUGGGCCGUGCACCCUUUCAAGUGAUUAUACUGGACUCGUGUUGCCAUGGCAACUUGGAACCCCCUCUCCUCAUUCAUGGCCCCAGUUGUCCAGAGUAGCCCGAGGUCAUCCCUCUGGGCCGGGGGGGGGGGAGUGUGAGGAAGAGACUCCAACAGACCCUUCUGAGGGGCCUAAAAGUGGUGUAGGGAGCGCCACUGCCCAUUUCCUGUGUCUGGUUGCCUCUUCUCUCUCUCAGCACACCCAACUUGCUGCUCUCGGGCCCUAUCAGGUGAGGAAGAGACAACUUUUGUGGUGUUGGAGGGGGAAGAAUAUUGGUGGCAUAUUGGCCAGAGUGUUUGGGGGUCAGUAGUAGUGUUCCCCCUUCCCCAUUUAUUCUCCUGGCCCUGCUUCUGUGUUCUCUUCAGCAGCCUGACCCAAACACCCCCCUUUAAUGUGGCUGUGGGGGAUCUCCGAGCCUCCCGAUGUUGCUGAACUACAACUUGCGUCAUCCCCAGCCAUUGGCCAUGCUUGCAGGGCUGUUGGGAAUUGUUCAGCAGCAACUUGGAGGGCCCUCGCUAGGAUUUCACCGGUCAGGCUCUUCCCACCACCCCUUAUCACCACAUCAGGCAGAGGGUCGCCGGCACCUCUUUUUGCACACCAGGUUCCCGUUUGGACGGUGGCAGGCCAGGAAGAAGGAAGGGAGGUGUCCCCAGUAAGAUUUGUGUGGCUGCUCUUGUCAGGGCAGGACACCCCCCACACACACACACACACACUCUUGAGGCCUGUUUCUGUCGGCUUUUUAACCAGCCCUGAGCUUUAAAGUAGUUUGGUAAAUACGUGCAUGGUAAAAAGCAUGCGUUUCUGUGCUGCUUACCAGGCAGCUUGCAUACAAAUGAGAAAGGGACCUUUUAACCACGGAUGUGAUGAUGAGCUCUUCCCCCACACUUCAUGUGACGGGUGAGGGGUGGUUUUUCUCUCUGGUUCCUCCCCCCGUGCAUCCUUCACAUGGGGGUUUCCAUCUCGCCGCACCUCCCUGCCCUGCUUUAGGAUGCAAACGCUUCCCUCUCUCUGCACUUGAGCCGUGGGGAGCCGUUAUCGUCGGGCAUGGGGGACCUUUGGCCCUUGUUGUGGCUUUGCUGAACUACGCCUCCCAUCAGCCCCAGCCAGCAUGGCCAAUAAUCGAGGCUGAUGGGAGUUGUCGUCCAACAGCAACUGGAAGGCUAAAUUUCCCCCACCCCCCUGGUUAAUGUGAACGAAGUCAUGGAGGCGACUGUUGCCAUAAUUCUGAUUCGUCCCCAGCAAUUACAGGAACGGCCCCAGCUCAAGCCACUUGCAGUCUGUCCGUCCCCGCCAUGGGCUCGCUGUCAAAAACAGGCACUUGUACAUAGGGUGGGCUAUAUGAGGUGCCCUUUUUUUACCAGUGCCAAGGAAAUAAAAGUUAACAGUAUUGGGGCAUCCAGGUGCGUCACUACCUGGAGUUUUUCUGCCUGACUUUUUUUUAAGAGUGUGGGCUGCCACAAGAGAGCGCGCCUGCUUACAGGAGGGACUCUAGCUGAGGAGGACCAACCAGCAUUAGCCGCUUUUGCUCAGGAUCUUUUAAAACAUUUGCUUUUGAAGCAUUCCCUUUUUUUAUAAGGCCUCCCGUGCCAACUACCAGCCUAAAGCAGACUUCCAUGUGUGUGUGUGGGGGGGAAGGCUACGCUACUCCCUGAUCCAACCCUUACUUUGAUUUAUCUCUGAGUGGCUGCCAGGAUCCCCAUCCCAGCCCUCCCCCUCCUGCAGCCGCAUGCAGAAGCCUUGAUAGCCAGACGCCGAAACUAACAGGGUGAAGCAUGGGGCAAUGGAAAAGUGGGGGGGGGAGAGAGAAAGACAGAGAGGCUUAGGUGUGGGGGGAGCAGGACUACAAACCAGUCGUGCCUCUUUCGAGAUGGCUUCCAGCCACCUUUCACUAGAGCAGGAGGAUGUUUAGCUAUCAGCAGAGGUAUUAAUCGUCUGCCCAGAAGGGUGCCGUUGGUUCCCUUGGUAGCCAAUGCGAGUCUCCGCUUUUAAAGCACUUCCCAGUUAUUGAAAAUCACCGAACGUGGGAUCCUGUAACUGCAGGGAGAGUCCACACUGCACGCCGGUUCCCUUAAGAGACACGGUGCCUCUGCAGCCCCCCCUAAUGAGGGUUUGCAUCGAACACAGCGGUUGGCCUGCCUUGCUUCACCGGUAUAUACCAGGCAGCUGUCACUGCCACAGCUGAUCAGUCCGGAGCUGUGAUAUUUUUUUUGGGGGGGGGGGAUAUUUACUUAGCACAGCCCUCACUGCUCUGAUGCCCUCCCACAUAUUUUGGACUACAAUCCCAGCCUGCACAGGACUAAAGGGAGGGAUAGGGCAAACAUCUGGAGAGCGCCAGGGUGGUGAAGGCUGACCUAGCCAUUCUAGUAGGCUGGGUGGCCCAGCUUCAUAGCCGGAGCUCUUUAGCAGUUCAGGUGUGUUACAAAGGGGCCGUUGAGUUCUCCUGGACUCUGUCCCCCCCUCACAUGCCCGAUGUUGCUGCAGUGUGUCUUUGCCAAUUCCUGCUCUGCAUCACUGAGUAGUGGAACUGCACAUCACAUCAGAAUGAUGUCAUGACACUGGCUGAACUAAACUAGACUUGCACAGUGGAAGAAGAGGGGACCUUUGGCAUGGGCCUGCUCAUUUUCACUGACAGACCCAAAGUCUCUGCUAUGUGUAGGUCUGCCCCUAGACCCCCUUAGUUAAACUGGAAAAAAAACUGUCUUUUUUGCCGGGCUUCUGCUCCGGUUAGCUUUUCAUUGCAGCAGGCUUGUCUGCCUGCCAUUCCUUCGGAUGCUUGCCUCUGUUGUGCUAGCUCACCUUGGUAGACCCCGGCCCGCUCUCGAGGUCAACUCUGCCUUCCCCAAAGAGCAACCUGUCCCUGUGCUUCUUGUACAUUCCCUAAGGCCCCUACUUCCAAACUGCAGCUGGGGAGGAAUAUCAGCCAUUGAGGUUUGCAUCCCAGCACUGGGUGCGUGCUCAGGGCAGGGGUGGUUCUACAGCAUGCUCCUGGGCUGGGCCAAGUCUGUCCCCACUAGGUUUGACAAAAUCCUAGAGCCCUCCAUGGUGUGCAAUGAAUCUCCUUGCAUCAGAAUGAGUUGCGUGCGAUCACGUGCUCGGGGGGGGGGGCGGUCUGCAGGCAAACUGGGAAAGCCUGUAUUGCUUUUCAACUAAGCAGGAGAUCCGCAGGGAUCCCCUGGAUCGACUUCCUCUAGGGCUGUUGAGGAGGCUUGUGGUGGUCCGAGCAGGUGGUGGCAGCUGGGACUCUCCUUGCUUUCACUGGGUGGCUCACAUGGUGCACCCUUUUGAUUCUGGCUCAUCAGCAAAGCCGUCCGCGGAUGUGGCGGAGCUUGCCAAUUUUUGCUGCUGUUCCUGGCCUUGCUCCUGGGCCGUUUUAAGGUUAUGUUGCUGUGCAGAAAUUUAGCAGGCGAUGGGCUCUUUUUCAGGCAUGGAAGUAGUCAAAGGAGAAGCUUUGCCUAGUAAAUCCCUGUGUUGGGCUGUGGUUAAAAAGCACAGGAGCACAACCAGGUUGGGGGGGAGAUGCCUCCCCUCUUUAAACCAAAAUCUGGGGGACACCGAUGGAGUCUUAACAGGCCAGUAGUCCACCGUACGGCAGAGCAGAGUCGCAUCUGCCGCCCCCCCAUUCUUUUUUAAAUUUACUGUCACCAGUGCGUCAUAGUUGAUGAAGACUCAGUGUUUUAGACCACGGGGGGGUGUCUGGCCCACAUCUCCCGGUUAUCCUGAGCCAUUGACAACACUGCCUGGGGCUGACGUCUAAAAGCAUCUGGAGGGCAACAAGUUCCCCGUCCCUUCUUUAGAAUGUGAAGCAGUGCGUAAGUGGGAAUGAAGGGUUGGGUUAGGAGUGCCAAAUAAAGAGGCCGUAGCUGACUUGCAGGCCAAGUGGUGUGAUUAUGUGGGCCAGGAUUGGGGGCCCCUGUUGUUGCUAACGGUAGUGUACAUCAGUUGUAGUGCAUGAAAGCUGUAUUCCCCCCCCCCCCGGAGACAUACGAUCAUGCAAUAGUAGAGUUGGAAGUGUGGUGUUGGACUACGACCUGGGAGACCAGGGUUCGAAUCCCCACAUAGCCAUGAAGCUGACUGGGUGACCUGUGGCCAGUCGCUGCCUCUCAGCCUCAUGAAAACCCUAUUCAUAGGGUCGCCAUAAGUCGGAAUCGACUUGAAGGCAGCACAUUUACAUUUUAGAGUUGGAAGGGCCCUAUAAGGCCAUCAAGCUCAAUUCACUGGGGAUGAGACCAAGCGUCCCCCUUCACUAUGCACCAGAAGGCAAGAUGGGAGCUAUGCCUGCAGGUUUCACAUUUUCCUCCCUCACUGCGUGUCUAGCGUGCGUUGUCUGGGUGAAGCGCUGGAGGCUGGUCUGUUUGGGCAAAUGGGGCAGUGCCCCACCGUCUUUAGCCUCCUCCCACCUGUCUGCUUUCUUAUUACAACCAAUCAGGGGAAGGCUUUGUCUGUCAUAUGUUCUGGCUUCACCUUCCCCCCCCCCCCGCCAGUCCACGGGCUGUGGAGCUGAGUCUCAGCAGCAAAGUUUGCUGCAGGAUAACAUGCUGAAAUGCUGCCAGCUUUCUCCACGGUAUCCUUUGAGCCUGAAACUCGUACGGACAUGUGGCUUUUAUGAACUGAGUAUUGUUGACCAAAAUAAAUCUUGCUGGUUGCAAGGAGAGGA